AUUUAAAGGGUGAGAGAAGAAUCUGUGGAGACGCUUGCGUCGGUUCCUGACAGGGGGAGAGAGAGGGAUUAGGGUUUCUCUGAGACGGGGGCCUCCAUGUAGCUUUGAGUUGUUAAAAUUGUCAAAUGUCUCCAAGCCAUGAAGAAUGCCAUUGCGAUACCUCCAGAAAUCCUAUUUAUAGUGACAAGAAAAAAUUUGAACUGUCUCCUAGUGGGACAAUAACUUCAUCUGGAAGCUGGACUGAUGUAUCUAUGCCAAGUGAUGUGUUCAUGAGUUCAGGACAUAUGGCUAAUAAGUAUGUCUACAAGAGGAGGAAACUACAAGGAAAUUCACUUGCUCUUCUCCCAGAAGACAAUAAUAUAACCGAUACCGAUAAGGAACAAUUUGAACUUCCUCCUAGGGAGCCAGUAGUUUCAUCUGGAAGCUGGACAUCUGUGUCAAAUCCAAAUGAAUUGUGCACAAGUUCAGGACAUAAGAGUGACGGAUAUUCAUAUGUCUACAAGAGAAGGAAGUUACAAAGAAAUUCACUUGCUCUUCUUCCAGAAGAUAAUAAUAUAACAGAUGGAACACAAAAUUUUGGUGCUGAAUUGUGCAUUGAUUCCAAGGACUGCUUGUUGGAAGUUCAUAAAGCUGAUCCUGAGACAACUCCUGUUGCUGUUCCUACCAUAAACAUUGACUCAUUUCAAGACUCUGGCUUGCAUGAUAUGUGUUCUAUUGGAGAAUUUAGAGUGCUAGAUAAAACAAAUAUUGUAAAAUUUUCGAAAUCUACACAGGAGAGUUACCAUAAUUUAAAUGAUAGAUCUUCAUCAUCAAAAUCUAAUUUUGAACUUACUUCGACUUUUAUCAAGAUACAUACAGAUGACCCCUCUUCUGAUGUUCUGGAACUAGGAGAAUUUAAUUCAGCAAAGGAUCUUUGUAUCUAUGUACUCAAGAAACAUGGGCUGAUUGGAAAUUGUUGUGCUAGCAGCAGUCAUUCUGAUUUACAAAUUCCGUUUGAUGAUAAUAGCAAGCUUUCUCAGAUAUGCAAAAAAUGUGGGCUAUUUGAUGACCCACUGCAGAUGCUUAUUUGUGACCAGUGUGAUGAAACAUAUCAUCAGUCUUGUUGUGUUCCUCGUGUGACAAAGAUUCCAGGGAAUGAAUGGUAUUGCCAACUUUGCUUCAAGAAAAGGCCAAAACUUCUUAUCAGCAAGUCACCUGAUACCAUAGGUGAAAUCUCUGGUCACACAUAUAAUAUAUCCUCCAGAAAGUAUUCCAUAUCAUUCAUGUUGAAGGACAGUAAACCAUAUACCACUGGGGUUCGAAUUGGUAAAGAUUUUCAAGCUGAAAUUAUGGACUGGUCUGAACCAGUUACCAAUGAAGAUGAUUAUUUUGAUGAACCUUCUGAAAUGGAUAUUGAUGAAUCCGUAGAUUUGAAUGUAUGGAGAGGAAGAAAGACACAAUGUCCUAGCAGUAUUGGUAAUUGGGUCCAAUGCCGGGAGUUCUUGUCUUCAGAUGGACCUAAAGAGGGGAUUAUUUGUGGAAAGUGGCGCAGGGCUCCUCUUUUCAUUGUUCAGAGUGAAGAUUGGGAUUGCUCAUGUGCUGUUCAGUGGGAUCCAAUUCAUGCAGAUUGUGCAGUGCCUCAGGAGCUCAAAACUGAAGAGGUUCUCAACGAUCUGAAACUUGUAAAAUGGCUGAGGCAUCAUCUGAGUGACAAAUCGAUGAAAGACGACUCCAACUGAAGUGUCGAUUUGGAGGAUACAAAUGCUAUGCCCCCUGUUUAGUUUCUUACAUCUUACUCUAGGAAUUUUGUUGUGUGGAAACUUUACACCAUCACACCCAUAUAAUUCUUGUGCAUAUAAAUAUGAUUUUGAGUACUCGAUGUAGACGAGCAUUAUUUUAUUUCCAGAUUUUUUGAGAAAUGUAAGAGGCACUGGAAGAAUGAUAUUGUUGUAAAGAAAAUGAAACAGUUUUGUUGUAAAAGUUAAAGAGGGCAAGUUCCCCCAGUUUUUCUCGA